AGGUUCUAAAUUCCAGAACAUACAAGAGUUUUCUCUGGAGGUGGAGUCUCUUAGAGGACACGUUAGCAGUAAAUCUUGGUUUUGAAGCUGUUGGGCAGCUGGGCGCUGUCAUGCCAGGUGUAUUUCUUUUCUGUGAGCUUUAAAACCGGUGUGUGUGGCCUGUGAGUCACUGGGCUCUGCUGGUGCCUUGCCCAGCUCUCCAAGCAGUGCCCUGAGAAUCCACAGCAUCUUCAGGGGCAGAGGAUACCACCAAAGCUGCUGUUUUGGUCAGCUUUUCUCCUGGUGAGGAGUUUUUCCCUGUCUCUGGAUCAUGCCUGGUCCUCAGUGUUGUUUGAGUGCUUCACAGAAUCACAGAACACGCCGAGUGGGAAGGGACCCACAAGGAUCAUCGAGUCCAACCCUCAGUCCUGCUCAGGACCAUCCCCAAGAGUCACACCCUGUGCCAAAUGCUCCUUGAGCUCUGUCAGCCUUGGUGCUGUGACCUGGACAUUUGGUGUGGCCGGAGGUGGGGUUGGAGGGUGAUGGAGAGGAGCAGCCAAAGGUGUGAAGGUCUGGACGAGCUCAGUCUGCCCCACCUUGGGAAGAAACAUAGCUACCACCAGGUAGAUGAUGAUGAUGAUGAUGAUGAUGACAAUCCUUUUUCAUCUGCUCCCAUCCACAUUUGAACCCAUGGAAAGCGUCCUUCUUGUAAGACACGCGAAUCUCUCAUUUCGAAGUGGUUUGGAAGUUCCUGUGGAAGGUGGGGCUGUGCUGGUGUCCCCUCCUGUGCCAGUGCCCUGGUGGGGCUCUCCACUGCCAUGGGCCCAAAAUAGCAGGGCCAUGUCACCCAGCAACUUGUCACUGUUGCCGAAGUCUUUGUUGGAGAGGAUCAAGGUGACACUUGGCUGCUAUUUUCGGACCAGCACUUCCUGAUGGCUGUUGGCACUGUAUUCCCCCGCUUUGAUUAUUUAUUUAUUUCCCUUUUGCUGAAUCAUAGACCUGGAAAAUACUUCUUAGGUCACUGAGAAUCCAAGACUGUGCCUCCUGAUUUAUUUUGCUGCCUAUUUUCCAGUUUUACGUGGCAAGAGGCAGCUUAAAAUGGGCUAUGAGAUGCCGCCUGUGCUUCCUUAAUGACGCCUUCCUGCUGCGUGAGGAGUUUCUUCCCUGCUCUUUAUCUUAAAAUUAAUGGAGCUGCUCAAAACUUAAUGCUGGCUUUGCCAGGGUUUAUUCCACAGUCUUCCGUGGUUGUUGAUGCCAUAUUCUCCUGCUCUUGUUCUACUGCAGCUCUUCACUGCAGUCAAAGUUUAUUAUGGGGUAUUGUUGUGCAAUAAAUAUUCAGUAUUUCCUGUCCCUGUCUUAAUCUAAUGUGUGGCUCUUGCAUGGACUGCACCAUCUUUUCUUCAUGGACAGGGUGGUCAGGCACUGGCACAAGCUGCCCAGGGAGUGAGGAAAUCACCAUCACCACAAGUGUUCAAAAAAUGUGUGGCUGUGACACUUGGGGACACGGUUUAGUGGUGGCCUUGGCAGUGCUGGGUUAACAGUUGGACUUGAUGGUCUCAGGGGCUUUUCCAACCUUAACAAUUCUGUGAUUCUGUAUCAGCCAGAUAAAGGCAAAAUUAUCAAUUUCCUCACAGAGCCACAGGAAAAAAAACCUUGUGGGGAUGUCUUAUUUCUUACAGACUGCUGGGGUUUGUUUCUUACCGUUCCUCUGUGUUAUAAGUCAGUGCCUGUGGUCUGUUGGCCUUUUAACCGAGUGAGGGUCACUUGUUCUCCAUGUAAGAAGGCUUCAGGGCUGCCAUUUGCUGGAUUUCUACAACUCAGGCCCCAGUUUUGAGCUGUGUGACCAGAAAAUGAGCAAUGAGGUGGGCAGGAGUGAGUAUUGCUCCUUGGACUCAUGCAGGGAUAGAUGUGGAUUGUAUAACAGAGGUUGUCUUCGGUUGUCUUUGCCCAAAAGUGUUAUUUCUGUAAGACAAGUUGUUUUUUGUUCUUGUUUCCAGCCCCAUUACUUUCAAGGUCUGGAGAUUUUCUGCAUAAUUCCUGGCAGUGGUGGGCUCAUGUGGUGGAGCCCUAAACAGGGCAAGCAGCACAUGGGUGUCUUUGCAUCCUGGCCUUGCCUUCUUUGUUUUAGCAUUUCCAUGUGGUCUCCAAAUUAUUUCAGCUCUCUAUAACAUCUAUUUUGAAAAUCUGUUGUCUCUGGUUACCCACAUAAUUAUGGACCUACCAUGAAACACUGGGUGCUGGGGAACGUGGAUCUCCUCCCACACCUUGCUUCUCCUGGGAUUCCCUACUGCUGCUCAGCAUCAUAUUUGAUCCUGGGCCUUCUUGCUUCAAAAUCAAAGUAAUUGAUCUGUUUUAGAAGAAUCCUGGCUUCCUCAUCUUUUUUUUUCCUCACCAUUUCCUCCUGGGAAUCUGGGUUUCUUGCCCAAACACCACUUUUCUUUCACCCACCAAAGCCAUUCCCCCUCUCCGUUCUUUCUCUUCCUCUUCAGUGGGAGUUUCUGUUCCCAGGUUUUUCUUUCCUUCCUGCAUCACUUUGCUGCAAUCCUGAGAGCCAGACUCUGGAGCCCCUUCCCCAUCCAAGGGCACUGCAGCUGGCUCAGGGCAGCAUUCCGGCAGCAGGGAGAGCUCCUGCUGCCCCAUCCAUCACCCCCAUGGGCCCCUGUGAGUGUCUGUGUGUGCAGGGGGUGCCAUCCAUCUCUGCUCCUGCAAGGUGACUCAUCCAGUCCCAGCUGCACUUUCUGCUCCUCCCGUGGGAAGAGGGAGGAGGACACGCCAGUCUCUAUUUCUGCUGUGAAAAUUACACCCUGAUGUGAGAAGGAGUGUGGAGGGAAGGAGAGGAGCACCCAGGCCUGUCAGCCCCACCAAAGGUGAAAGAUUCAGUGCUCAAAAAUGCGGUCUCACACCAGGCAGCCCAUCCUGAAGCCUCUUCCUCUCUCCCUUAGCACAUUGGUGAGUUUUACAGAAACCCACUGCAAAAUCAGAGAAAGAGUUGCCUGAAUUUGGCCUCUUUGAAUGGAGAAGGGGAAGUUCAUCCACACGUGAGUGUGGGAAGUUUCUUGGUGUUGAUCCUGUCCCAGCCUGAGCCCUGUGCAGGGUUGUGCUGGUCCUGCUUUUCCUUUCAAACCUGCAAAGCCAGCAGGGCUCUGUGACCUGUGCUCUGCUCUCUGCAGGUAGUUCCUUUUAAAGGAAAGUUUUAGAGGUCCUUGGUCAGACAUGCAGGCAUCACUGCUUGGGGAGCACUCUCUGGUGAGCUACAACUCGGUGUAUGUCUGGAGGAGUUUGAUGGAUGCACGUGUCAUGCUUUACUCCUGGAUGAUUUAAACAGUAGCAAAUGCAAUGGUUGGUCCUGGUGCAGGAGGCACAUCGGUGCUGCUGAGUCAAAUACUCAAAUCCCUCAUGGAUCAGAACGGAGACAUGAAAAUGUCAUGGUUUUCUAACCAGUUGGAGCUUGUUUUUCUCACCUCCUGCUUUUUCAAGGCCAGUCACUGCUCUUCAGCACCACUUCAAAGCUGGUACAGCUGUCAGCUCACUGACAUUGUCGGGUUUCAAGGGAAACCAAGAGUCCUUCCCAACCCCACAGGUGGAGGCUGGAGGUGUGGGGAUGCUGGGGGGUAGGACCAGCACAGGGGUGCUGGAGCUGCGUUUAGGGGUGGCACCACAUUACUGGUUUCCUGAGAAGCAGUUUGGGAAGUUGCCCAUUGCCAGGCUUGUUCUUGGGGUAUUUUCUACCAGAGCCCACUCUCAGCAGCAGCUGAACUGUGUUAGCUGAAAUUUGCUUCAAGGGUUCAGUUUGGGGUCAAUUUAAGCCUGAACAGUUUCAAGUUUAAGAAAGCUUCAUGAAACUGAAGAUGGAGCUUGUAUCAGCCUUCAGGGUGGGUUCUGCCCUCCCUUCUCAGAGGGCAUUGACUCAUGGAGUUCUGCUGCUCUUCCCCUCUAAUGAGCAAUCAGGAGAGUAAAUAACAAAACUGGGUUUGCAGAGCACUGUGUGCUGCACGUCUGCCUUAGCUGGAGUUAUUUUCCCAGUGCUAUUUCUGUGCAUAGCCAGACCCCUGUGCCCAGGUCCUGGGUGUCUGCAGCUGCCUGCCUCCAGCAGUACCACGGGAGCACAGUUUGGGAAUUCAUCUGACACCUGAUCAACCUCCACUUUUGUUAUUUAUGGAUGUUACUCAAGAAACUGGGAGCAAGGAGAGAUGCCAAGGCUCUUGCAAACCCAGACCAGCACUCUUUUGCUGCUCCCAGGUCUCACACAGUUUUCCAAAGCAAGCCUGAAGAGGGGUAAAGUCUCAUCCAAACCAGCUCUAUUCUUCCCCAGAGUGGCAUGGCUUCCCUAGGGAUGCUGUAGGCAAGAGCAGUGCCCACAAAAAAAGGGAGGAUAAUACAUCCCAUGUCCAGACUAAUGCCCAAACCUCCCCUUUCCUGUGCCAGUCCCAUUGGCUCCUCUCCAUCUCACCUGCCCCAGAGCCUCCUGCUCGCUGCCCAGCUCUGCUUCUCUGACAGUGUGGAUUUUUUCCCUUAUUUUUGGCUUUCUCUCAGUUGAUGCAGGAACAGCUGGGCCCCAUCGGCUCGGGGAAGCUCUGACCUGGGAAAGGCUCCAGGUCUCUUACGUUUGCUGCAAUAGCUCAUUCCUUUCCUCUCUCCUUCAGGAAAACCAAUUAAAAAAAAACAAACAGUGCAGGAGAAGCCAGAAGAGAUGGGAACUGUUUGUGCCAUCUCCAGUCUCAGUGCCUCCCUGAUCCACUCGUGGUAAAGGUGGCACAAAAAGGUUUUGCCCGCAGAAAUAAGUCUCUGUUGAUGGUCAGAGCUGGGCAGGAGGAUUUUGUGCUUAACCUCUUCCAGGCUGUUUGUGUCUCCAUCCCUUCCUCCUCCUCCUUCUCCCUGCCCAGGAGCCCCGGGUGGCAUCUCUGGGCUCUGCCAUGUGCUGCAAGUGUGUGAUCGACUGCCAGAGCAGUGACAGCCAACAUCACCUACCUGUGCUCAACAUUGCUGUUUAAAAAUAUUUGAUCCUGAUAGUCAGGAUUUGGGCACUGCAGGGAAAGGAAACAGUGCCUGGGGGUCCCUGGUGGGUGCAGUGCCAGUUCCCAGAGCCUGGCCCUGUGGCAGGCACUGGCUCUCCUUCCCAGGUGACCUGUCCUUCCUGCAGCUCCCAGCUCCUUCCGAUAUGCUGCCUUCCUGGCUCUUACCCUGCUGCUGCCCCGCCUGGACAGCAACACCUCAAACCCCAAAUCCCCCUGCACCUCGGCUCCAGCCCCUUUCCUUCCAGGUCCCCUGACGGGUCACCCUCAGCCCUCCCCAGAGUCACCUCCGGGUGCCCCACCACGGGCUCCCAGUGAGGGUCCCCAAGCCCUGUGCCAGGGGACAAAGCUGGCAUAGGGAGAGAAAGCAACUUGAGAUGGCGUUGGUACUGCACACAGAGGAGCCAAAGGGGCUCUGGGGAGUGUCUGGAAGUCCCCACUGACCUGUUCCCUUGGGAUUGCACCUGCCAUGGCGUGGCAGCAGCGUGGCCCUGGGGUGGUGGACGGCUGGGCCAGCGUCCCUGCCCCAGCGCUGCCUGGCGAUGCAGACUGGAAAAACACAUCUCAGGAGCGAUCCCGGCUGGGCUGCAAGCAGCUGCCUGCUCACAGCCCGAAACAGUUAAUAGGCAGCCAGGCCGAGCCGGUCCUCCCACCGGCAUGAGAUCACCGCUGCCACCGCCAAUCCUUGCUCCAGUCCUCCUCCAGUCCUCGCUCAGUCUGGCAGCAAAGGAGCCGGGAGCCAAAGCUGGGAGUGAGAGCAGCAGCAGAAGACCCCGGCCCGUCUGCACCCCGAGCCGCCGGACAAAGCGACCAUGUAGGAUCCGGAAUCUUCCCUCCCUCACCGGCACGGCAGCGGCUCGUGGUGGGACAGCGACUCGCAUCCAUCCCACGCGCGCGUUGUGCUGCUCCGUCCUGGGUUUUCUCGUCAACAUGAUGGGCUGCAAGUCCAACUCACUCACUUGCCUGCAGGGAGGAAAACCAGGGCUGCCGCUGGCCACGGCCACCGACUCCACUGCUACACUCAACAAACUGGCCCUGGCCACGGGCGGGACCGAGAAAUCCUGGUACCGCUGCAUCUUCCCCUUCGGCAUCGUCUCCGUGGUCAUCGGCGUCGCAGCGACCUGCAUCACCUUCACCAUCAAUGGCCCACAGAUGGACAUCGCUAAGGUGGUCUCGGUGGCCACCUUGAUCUUCGGGGUGGGCCUGCUGGUGGCCGCCUACGUGUGCUGGCGGGCCAAGCGGCAGCGCAAGCGGCAGCGGCAGGAGCCGGUGGCCCUAGAGCAGGGAGCCCUAUGACCCGGGCUGGGGGCAGAGGCUCAGCUCCACCCGGAGCCCCCUGCUUAUACACCCCCCUCCGCGAGCAGAGGGGUGACAGCACCGGCUUUGUCGCACCCGAGGAGGUCCGGACCGUGCCCGAGGUCAGCUUGCCGUCAUUCGCCACCCCGCCGAGCCACCCGCGCCAGCGCCCGGCCAUCCCCGCUCCGGCACGGGGUAGGGGCAGCCCGGCCUCGCCUGCCCGGGACCGGCAUGGAAAGAGCCCGGAGAGCGGCCAAGGAGGCCGGAGAGUGGCCAAGGAGCGAGUCAGCACACAGGGACCUGCCGCCUGUCCCUGCCGCGCACGGCCCGGCAGCCGCAGCGAGCCCCGGGCGCUGCUCCGUGCCGGGACCCCGAGGCAGCCCCGCCACCCCGCUCGCUGCCGGAGGAGUCCGGCGUCACUUCUGUCCUCUGGUGGUUUUUCGCUGUGGCGCAGGACAGAAGGAGUUUUGAAAGAAACUCACUGGGUGCGGGGAGCACCCGGAGAGCUGCGGGGCAAGGCCGGGCGUGGGGCUGCGGGAGGCAGCGAACAGCGAUGGGCUGGCCGGGCACGGAGCCCCUGGGACAGCGUGGGGGACAAGGGCGGGAGCUG